AUGCUUCCUGUUCUUCUGCUGCUUCUCUUAUCACAGCCCGCAUCGAGUUCAUCUGUCCAGGCAACAACAAGGACAUUCAGAAACAGGACUGACGGGGAUGCCUUGCUGGAACUGAAGGCAAGCCUAAGCAAUCACCAGGGACAGGGAGUCCUAGAUGCAUGGAACACAACUAGUGACUUCUGCCGGUGGCCUGGUGUCAGUUGCAGCCUUAAGCAUAAGGACAGGGUAACGGUUCUUAAUCUCUCCUCAGAGGGCCUUGCAGGCACAAUCACACCUUCCAUUGGGAACCUCACGUUCCUGAAAGUUCUAAACCUCAGCCGGAACAGUUUGGGCGGUGAGAUACCUUCAUCGACUGGUCGCCUGUCUCGGUUACGAUAUCUUGACUUGUCCAAGAACUCACUUCAUGGCGCCAUGCACGCCGACUUGAAGAACUGCACCAGUCUCAAGGGCAUCAACCUCGGCUCAAACCGGCUCACCGGAGAAAUCCAAUCUUGGCUAGGAGGCUUGCCGAGCCUCCGGGCCAUAACCCUGCAGAAGAACAACUUCACUGGGAUUAUCCCGCUAUCACUGACCAACCUCUCAUCGUUAUACAGGAUAGAGUGCUCCUGGAACCAGCUUGAGGGUACCAUCCCUGAGGGCCUUGGCAGGCUCGGUAGUCUUGCGUUUGUGGCCUUUGAUUUGAACCGCCUCUCAGGCACCGUCCCCUCAACUUUCUUCAACCAUUCCUCUCUAAUCGGCUUGAGUUUGGCGGUAAAUGAAUUGCACGGCACACUGCCCUCUGACUUUGGGAAUAGCCUACCAAAUCUGCAGUACUUGCUCCUUGACGCCAACCACUUCACAGGAAGCAUUCCAGCCUCUCUAGCCAAUUCAACCAUGCUCUACUUUGUAGACAUCUCCUUUAACAACUUCGCUGGACGUGUGCCACCAGAGAUCGGGAAGCUUUGCCCACACAUGCUCUCUCUCUCAACAAAUCAGCUCAAGGCAACUAGUGCUGAAGGCUGGCAGUUCAUGACGCACUUGACAAACUGCACACGCCUCCGUUACCUUGACCUUCAGGGCAACAUGCUCGGCGGCGUGCUGCCGAGCUCUGUUGCCAAUCUAUCAGCACAUCUAGAAAUCCUUUACCUUGGAUUCAAUGAGAUUACUGGAACAAUACCACAAGGCAUUACUGAACUUGUAGGGUUAAGUCUGUUGCAGCUCUCUAAUAACCGUUUUACCGGUGAAUUGCCUGGCAGCAUUGGAAGGCUAAAUUUGCUAGAGGCCUUGUGGUUUGAAAAUAACCGACUGAAAGGGUCCCUGCCAUUCUCCCUUGGGAACUUGACGCGGCUAGCAAGUCUUUACGCAGAGGGCAACAACUUUGAGGGGCGUCUUCCAACAAGCCUAGGGAGCCUCCAGGAGAUUACUACAGCCAAUUUUUCAAACAAUAUGUUCACAGGUCCAUUGCCUAUCUUCCCUGACAAACGCCCUGGAUUUGUCAGAUAA